UGAUAAUCCGUGUCAGUAAUCUCUUUUAAUAAUUUAUUUCAGAAAGACAGAUCAAACACACCAUUUCCCCUGACGUGGAGUACAGACCGCCCCGUAUUUGCAGUGACUGGUGUUGUUGAGCCACCUUGUGGUGUUUGCACAGUGUCUCCCCCCCUGCCUCCCUCUCUGUUUCUCCAUCUACUCUGUCGCUUUUUUUCUCUCACUCUUUCUCGGUUGUUAGGGUGUUUGACACCUGAGGUCUGCCACUAUGCAGCCUGGAGGAGCACACAAUGGUAGGCAAUGGGUUAUCAGCUCUUUAUUCAUCCUCAUUCAUCCAUUCAGCAUCCUCUCUUUCUUCCUUUCAUUGUCAUUCAUUCAUUCUCUCAUCCUCAUGUAGCUGUGUGUGGCCAGAGCCUGCUGUCCAACUCCCUUAGGGUGUAUCUGAACAACAAGAACAGACUGCAGCCCAUAAUCGGUCAGGAACAACUGUGUUUUUGUAAAUUAUGCAUCUGUGUUUUAGACCAAUGUGUGUACUUUAGACCUGUGUGUACUUCACGUAUGUGUGUGUUUUUAGGUCUGGGCUGUGUGACAGAGUGUGUGACACUCGGCAGGGACUCUGAGGCGGUGUACCUGUGUGAGGUGUGUGUGUGUCGUCUCAGUAAGGCUGAUGUCAGGAGCCACAUCAUGGGGAGUCUCCACCGAUACAACUACAUUAAAGUCCAUCACCCUCACUUUGUGUCAGAGUGGAAGCAGAGUCCUCCUGACCUGUCCAAGCUGGCCCGGCCUCUUAUGGAGAUGGCUCAAAUACUAGAGAAGAGAGAAGGAACCGGGGACGUACAGGUGCUGAAGUUGGAUGCUGCCAUGUAUGACGAUAUGACAACACACAGCGAGAGUGGUGGUCAGUCCAUAUUCUCUCUUCUCCUUCAUCCAUCAGUUGUUCUUCUUUGUACCAGUCGGAGUCACUCACAGCCCCCCCCCGGAUCUCUCUCGUUCUCUCUCGCUCUCUCUCUCUCGCUAGCUCUCAUCCUCUUGCAUGCCAUCAGGACUGGGAGGGAGCAGAGAGAUCUUCAGAGCCAAUCAGUGAAGCAAUCAGUCCAGUCGGAGUAUCUUACCAUCCAGUCACAGAGAACCGUGAUAUCGCCUCGGAGGCUCUCCGCCCAACCAGAGAGGCCUGUUGUCCAGCUUGACAACCGAACCGUCCUAUGGAGGAGUCCGACCACCCAGAGUCGGGACUCAUCUAGCCAAUCGGAGAAGUCCCCUGUGUUGCAGCAGGGUGUCUUUAUCCAAUCACGGCUUAGUUCUUUGGAGGAGGAGGAGUUUCUCCAUGGAAGCAAGCCACUGGUUGGUGCUUCACUGAAGCGUCCUGCCUCAUCAUGGCAGGAUGACCCCUCUCUUUCCCCGACCCCAAACGUCACAGCUGGAAGUCAGACGUCUCUGGGCGGGCCUGAGGGGAAGGGGGCGGGACUGCAGGGGGUUCCUGCAAAGCUGAUUCGCUGUGAGCCGGUGUUCAAGGUCAGUCUAUCUAUGACGGACGGCCCCUGGCUGUUGGAGAGGAACUCCUUCAGCCUGGAAACCUCCCCCUCCUCCCUCAGACAUGCCUCACCCCUUCACUCCCCCACCGUAGAUGCCUCACUCCAACCCUCUCCCGCUCCCUCACGUUUGCUUGGCCAGCCGGGAAACUCAGUUGCCGCAAGACUCGGAAACACACAUGAAAAUACACACACUCCAGGACUGAGACACACUCCGGGACAUGCACACACUUCGACUAUGAGACUGAGCCCAGCCAUACCUGAUCAGCAGCUGACUAUGGGAGACGAGGACACAGAGAAAGACCGUCUGUAUCUCGGAGGGGAACAGAGGUUCACCGACUAUGCUUUGUACGAUGGCAGAGAGAAAAACACAACUGACCUGGUUUACCUCAGGAGAGAGCAGGACCGAACUGACCAUCUGUAUUCAGAAAAUAACCGACUCACUGACACAAAGUUCCAUGUCCGAGUGCGGCAGAACAACCGACAAGGCAGUAUUUACCCCGGUCUGGCCUGUGCCAGAGACAUCACUGACACAACGUCUGUUGCCGGGCCGAUUCUCUUCACUACCGGCCGUCUCUUGAAGGAGAGCUUGACAGACACUCCUCUAAUGGAAGAAGAACAGGAGGAGGAGAGGGGGAAUGAGUGUCAUUCUGGGGCACAGAGGCUUGCAGAGGAUGACAGGACAACUGACAGUCUGUACUCUACUAGAGAGAGGAUAACAGACAGUGGAUUUUCCACAGGAAGCAGGUCAACUGACAAAAUGUACCAAACAGGAGAACGAUCAACUGACAAUCAGUCUUUUACAACAGAAGUGACAACUGACUGUUGGUAUGCUACAGGAGAGGAGCUAACUGACCGUCAGUUGAUGGAGGAAGAGGAGCGAUGCAGAGCUGAAAUUCAGAAUGGAGUUGGGCUCAUCGUGGAGGUCAUGGUGGAGGAGGGGGAGAGAGAGGAAGGAAAGGAUGGAGAGAGGGAGGAGAACUCAGACUUUUACCACCAACAGUAUUUGCAAGGCCAGCCUCCACAACGGCACCAGGCGCAGGGGUUCACAGGAACUCAUCGGGGCGCCGUAGGGCUUCAUAUGGUUGACACAGCAGAUCUCAGACAUGACAUAGCCCUUCAUAGAGAUCAGGCAGGGCCAGCCCUUCACCGAGAAGAGAUGAGCAGUCGUAUGGGUGACAUGGCAGCCAUGCAGCAGGUGCAGUUAUGUGAGGCUGAGUACAGAGAAGCAUGGGCCUAUGGAGGCACACAGCUGACCCCUGACACCUAUAGAUCAGUUCCGCAGGAGUAUGAGACUGACCCUGGCUCCUACCUGUCAUUCCCAGAGGGCCACAGAAUAAACUGCGACCCCUACCAAGUGGUUUCUGAUUGGUUUAGAACCACCCCUGGCCCGCACUUUGUUCACUCUAACCCUGACGAGUUUACACCCCAGGUCCUCCUGUACCCCCACAAUACAAUGCCCCAGGGUAUUGGACCCAAUCCCCACUCUGGUCCCUUCCCCAUGAAGAUGAGGGGUGUGCAGUCACAGGAGUACAGAAGGCUUCCCAGCCCCCCAUUUGUUAUGGUGUCUAGACCCUGCCUCCCUCAGUCCUUCUUUCCAGGACAUGAAGGCUUUCUGUCCCCCCAGCACGGCCCAGCCUUACCUCCCAGCCCUCCCCACUACAGAGGAGCCUACUUGGGCCACAGCCCUGCCCAGAGUCCCUGGGCAGCUCCAGGACCAGGACCUCCCUGGGUCUAAUUACCACACACAUACAUAAAUCCACCAGGAUAGUUAUUUGUGGCACUUUAGGCACUGUUUUAAAUGGACAGGUAUUUUGUGUGUUUUAUACACUCUAGGUUCUAUUGUUUUUAUAGCUGUCUUAAACCAACAGUAUCCCAUCCAUUGUAUAAGUGCUGAUUUUAGGUACUUCCCCUGUAUGAUGUCAUGAAAUCUCAUUGACAACUGUCAACGAUUCAACUCACCGGUUCAAUUCUGUUACCAAUUCAGAUUUAUACAAGACUUGUUUGUUUUAAGUUGUUUGUCUUCUGCCGUCGAAUCAAGAUGGAGCUGAGAUGGAUAAAUAGACAACAUGUUGAACACUGGCUAAAUUUUAUAAUAUUAUGAACUCAGUUUGUGAAACGCUGCUUCAGCGACCAAUUAGAGACAUUAUGAAGAAGGGAAAUCUAUUUUUCAACAACAAAUAUUUUGGUUAAUGCAAAAAAAAAUCUAAACGUAAAUAUAACCUAAGGUUUAUUUUACACAAUAAGGGGGAUCAAUUAGGGGUUCAACAUUGACCUUUUCAGAACUGUCUAGAAGGAGGUGCUGUAUUAGUUUUCAGUUCGACCAGCUGAGGAAAGCAGAGCUGAAUAAGUUGUUUAAAAUGAGGUUCAGAAACACAACACUUGUUAAAAUAAACAGUUUUAUUUUUAAAUGUU